CCAAACAGUCUUCUGGUAGUAACUACAAGGCAAAAUGGCAGUAAACUUUUUACAUAUAUUUAUUAUUUUGGCCAUUUGGAGCAAUGUACUUGACGCACGAACUACCAAAACUUCGACUUCUAUGCAAGGCUAUCCCGAUGAUUUGGAUAUAUCAGGCUUUACUAAAGUUGGCAAGAAACGCUACCACUUUGGACAAAGCAAAGUAUCGUGGUUUAGGGCAAAUUUGAUAUGUCGCUCAAUGGGUGGUUAUUUAGCAUCCUUUGAAAACGACGACGAAUUAAGCCAAGUAUCGAGUUAUUUGAGAAACACCUAUCCCACAGAUAGGAUAUGGUGGACCUCUGGUUCCGACCUGCAAGGUGAAGGAGACUUCUUUUGCUACAACACCGGCGAACGCAUGAAAUAUGCUAACUGGAUACCUGGUCAACCGGACAAUGCUAGUGGAAAUGAACAUUGUAUUAAUUUAAUUUUUAAAGAAUACAAAAUUCAAAUGAACACUGCGGAUUGCGAUGAGGUUGGCUAUUACGUGUGUGAGGCAGAUAAGCCUGUUAAUGUGUUGUUAACCGUUGUUUAAAUAAAUACGAAAAGUGAGUUGAUUUCAAAAAAAAAAUUAAAUUACAUAAAAUAAUAA